GAGAGAGAGAGAGAGAGAGUGAAUUUUUGAUGCAGGGAGGGGCAACGCUAAGGUCACAUUCCCUUUCGGACCCUCACCGCAUGCCGGGCAGCCAACUCUGUCCUGUCUCCUCUCUCCUCGCACCUCUCUCCCUCUUUCUACUUCCUCUCCAUUUUCUCUCUCCUUCACCCUCUCUCUCAUCAGAUCUCAACAGCCCCUGCUCCUUCCACCUCCCUCCACCACCCUCCACCACCUCCACCCCCGCCUCCUCAUCCGAUCCCCAAUUUCUAUCCCAAUUCCGCCACCACCAUCAACCCAUAUUCUCCCAUUAGCCGCCAUGAACGACUUCCCCGGCCUCUUACCUUCCGAUUUCGGCUUCAAACCCCAGGGAAAAUCGGCCCCGAUGGCCCCCCCAUCCAAAUCUUCAUCCAAUCACACCUCCGGCAGCACCCUCAACUUCGACCUUCCUUCCCGUCGGCCUCCCACCUCGUCGUGGUCCUCCACCCCGAUGGGUGGGUCUUUCGAUCACAGUUCCCUCUUCGGUAAUCCCAAAUCCCAGGAAUCCGGUGGUGCUCUAGACGACAUCUUCAGUGGUGGUGGUGCUCCGGCGAAGCGCACGAACAAAUCGAGCGAAGAUAUGUUCAAUUUUGAUUGGUCCGGCGGCGAGAAGUCGGCUGCGCCGGUGUACGAUAAGCCCGUGUAUGAUGACGAAAUUUUUGAGGGGGGCCCCGGGAUGAAGAACUCCGGUUCAUCAAAGUACGAUGACGUGUUCUCGUCGAUCUCUUCGUCUCCGAAAGAGAGUGGCGCAUUUGAUGACCUGCUUGGAGGUUUAGGGAGAGCGCGGUCCGAAUCGAAGGAUUCGGGAAAGGGCGAGAAGGGUGUGGCGGCAUUUGAUGAUUUGAUACCUGGGUUUGGUAGGAGCAACUCUGCUGACAGGUCAAAUUUAGAGGCUGGUCGGCAUUCAAAGCCAUCGGAUGGUUCAGCUAAAGUAGCCUCCAAUAUGAUGGAAGACCCUUUUGUUGUUUUAGAAUCAACUUCAUCCUCUGGGAAAUUUAUCGAUCCUCUAGAACAAAUGAGCAAGCUCAACAACUCUGGAAGUGCUAAAGUUGAUAACUCAUCUGGUGGUGGAGUAUUUGAUGAUAUAAAUCCUCUUGAUGGCCUGGGGAAAUCUGCACCUGCAUAUUCACCUGAGAUGAAUAGUAGGGGUAAGGAUAGGAGUCCUUUAAGGCCAGGACCAAGCACGACUGAUAUAGAUCCUCUUGAAGGCCUGGGGAAAUCUGUGCCUUCAUAUUCAGCUGAGGUGAUUGGUAGGGGUAAGGAUAGGAGUCCUGUGAGAACAGGACCAAGCAUGAGUGCUACACAAAAUUCUGCUAGCAGAGAAACAGUUUAUAAAUCUUCUGUGAGAAGUCCUGAGAUCCAGGCACAGAAGAAGAUACCUGCUGACGACCAUUGGGAAUCUCAUCAAACCUUGUUUGAUAUGCCUACAUCUGUUGGUCGAUCUCCCCCUUCAUAUGCAAAUAUGAGUCCUAAAGAGACAAGUAUUCAAGCAGAAAUGUCUCCACAAUCUAAAGAAAAUUUGGAAUCUUCAGAUGAUGUAUGGCUCACUGUGUUAGAGAUCCCUCUUUUUACACCACCAACAAGUGCUCCACCACCUUCAAGACCUCCUCCUCCAAGACCCGUACACAUCUCAAAGGGAGAAAGUGGUUCUUUUGAUUCCAAAAGUGCAAGAGAGAAGGCUCAUGAAUUUUCAUCUUUCCCUAAUUCAGCUCAGUAUUUUCAGAGUUCCAAGUCAGCUCCUGCUGCAGCGAGAAGUCCAGCUGCGUCUCACUUUGAUGAACUUGACGAUUUUGCCAUGGGUAGGACACGGAAUAAUGUUGAUGAAGAUGCAAAUAUUGAAGAAGUGGAGGCAAACUCAGCUGCUGCUGCUAUGAAGGAGGCCAUGGAUAGAGCUGAAGCUAAAUUCAGGCAUGCUAAGGAAGUAAGGGAGAGAGAAAAUGUAAAGGCUGCUAGAAGUAAAGAAGCUGGGAAUUUUGAAAGAGACGAGAAAGCCAUGCAAGAUGCUCAAGAGAGAGCACUUAGAGAAAAACAGGAGAGAUUAGAACAUGAGCGGCAGCAAAGGGAAAGGGAAGAGGAAGAGAGAGAACAAAGAAGGCUUGAGAAAGAGAGGGAGAGGGCAAGGGAGAUUGAGAGGGAAAGGGAAAAGGCCAGACAGGCUGUGGAAAGGGCUACUAGGGAAGCACGUGAGAGAGCGGCUGCUGAUGCUCGUCUGAAAGCUGAAAGGGCUGCUGUUGGGAAAGCAAAUGCUGAAGCUCGAGAACGUGCUGAAAGGGCUGCAGUUCAGAGAGCACAAGCUGAAGCCCGUGAAAGGGCAGCAGCAGAGGCAAAGGAAAGAGCUGGAAAGGUUGCUGCAGAAGCCAGGGAGAGGGCGAAUGCAGAAGCAAGGGAAAAGGAAGCACGGUUAAGAGCAGAAAGAGCCGCUGUAGAGAGGGCUGCCGCAGAGGCUCGAGAGAGGGCUGCUUCUGCUGCAAGGGCAAACCAACAAAAGAAUGAAAAUGAUCUUGAAUCCUUUUUCAGCAUGGGUUCUCGACCAAGCAGUGCGCCAAGGCCAAGAGCUAAUUCUUCGGAUCCUAUGUUUGACACCCAGUUCCAGAACAGGCAAGGGCCUGAAGCAGCAAGGAGGACCUCGUCUGGGGUCUCAUCCAGCAUGAGGAAAGUAUCUUCAACUGCAAAUAUUGUUGAUGAUCUUUCCUCAAUUUUUGGAGCGGCUCCAUCAUCUGUGGAAUUCCAAGAAGUUGAAGGGGAAAGUGAAGAAAGACGUCGAGCUAGAUUGGAACGUCACCAAAGGACUCAGGAGCGUGCGGCAAAAGCACUAGCUGAGAAGAAUGAGCGGGACCUUCAAACUCAGAGGGAUCAAGCUGAGAGACAUAGGAUUGCGGAAACACUGGAUGUUGAGAUUAAGCGCUGGGCUGCAGGGAAAGAAGGAAAUUUGCGUGCUUUGCUGUCGACAUUGCAAUAUGUACUCUGGCCAGAAUGUGGUUGGCAACCAGUUUCUUUGACUGAUUUGAUCACUGCUGCGUCAGUUAAGAAAGUAUAUAGAAAGGCAACCUUGUGCAUCCAUCCAGAUAAAGUGCAACAAAAAGGUGCCAAUCUUCAACAGAAAUACAUUGCUGAGAAAGUGUUUGACCUCCUUAAGGAAGCCUGGAACAAGUUCAACUCAGAGGAGCUUUUCUGAAUUUAUUUAUUCCUCUUUGUUUGGCUCGAAGUCAGUUCAAUUGGCACACCACUCGUUGGGUUGGGAGAUGGAAGGCAUUGCCAUCCCAGAAGAAAUGUUGCUGUUCUGUGGCUGUGAAAUUAUUAUAUUUGAUAAGAAGGACGUAUGCUUCUUCCAUUGAUGAAGAGAAUACCUUAAUGGUAGGACAGAUGUUCGUUUGUGUUGCUGUACAUUCAUGUUCAUGCCAGGGGAUGAUGGAUACACGGUUCCAAAGAUUCUUCACUUCACCAAGUGCUUGGGAUUGCUGGUUGUUGUAGAAAUAGGUUUUUGUGUGGAUUUAGGUAUGCACAUUUGUCAAAAUUUAUUCAGCCAUCCCAUAUGAGUAGUUUAUUUCUAUUUUUAUUUUUGGUUCAAUUCUUUUUUUCCCCCUUGAUUUGUGAUGGAGCUGCAUCUGUUGAUGAAUUACCAAAUAUUGUUUGUUGAUUCUAAAACAAGGACGUGAGGCAGUGUAUGUUAAAGAAGUCUUGCAUCAAGAAUUGAACCUUUCAUAUAUAUAUUUGUAUUUUUCAUUGUCUGCAGAGCCAAAUAGACAAUCGCUCAGGCAUCAUUUGUUUA